AUGGUUCAUGUCAGAAUUUUCUUGAAUUUUGAUUUAGAAGAAUUUGUGGAAAAUAUUGAAGAGGAUGCUGGAUUUGACAAUGAUUGGAGCAUUGGGAGGCUUGAAGAGUUCAAUGCAGAAGAUAGUGAGGGUAUUAUUAUUAGUUCACAUGUUGGAAACACUUUGGAUAAGUUGAAUGCUAGAAACCAAAUUCUUGGUGACCAAUUUGGUAGUUUCUCAAUACUGAUUGAUGGCAUGAUUGCAUCUUUGUUGAAAAAUGUGGAGGUAAUAAAGAAUACUAUGUCAUCUGUGGUUAAACAAACAAAAGAAUUACAGGGUGAAUUAGAGAAAGCUAGAUUAAUGUAUGGUAAAGCCAAAGAAGAAAAUGAUGCAUACCAUUUGAAUGGUAUCUAA